AUAGCGCUGACGUAAGGGCGGGGCCGGUUUCGCUCGCUGUCUUCUAUUUUGCGGCCGCCCUCGCUCUCUACAGCCCCGCCUCCUCCUGUCCGCUCAGCUCAGCCCGCCAUGGAGAAGAUUGGCGUCGUAUUCGGCGGCUCUCGGGGCAUCGGCAAGGCGGUGGCCCGGUUAAUGGCCCAGAAGGGCUACCGGCUAGCGCUCGUGGGCAGGGACCUGGAGGCCGCGAGAGCCGCUGCCAGGGACAUCGGGGGAGAUCAUUUGGCACUUCGCUGUGAUGUUGCUAAAGAGCAAGAUGUUCAAAACGCAUUUGAAGAGAUGGAGAAAAACUUAGGUCGUGUUAAUUUUUUGGUAAAUGCAGCUGGCAUAAACAGAGACACCUUGUUACUAAGAACAAAAACUGAAGACAUGGUGUCCCAGCUUCACACUAACCUCUUGGGAUCCAUGCUGACAUGUAAAGCUGCUUUGAAGAACAUGAUUCAACAACAGGGAGGCUCUAUUGUUAAUAUAGGAAGUAUUGUUGGUUCAAAAGGAAAUCCUGGCCAAUGUGUUUACAGUGCUAGCAAAGGAGGGUUAGUUGGUUUCUCCCGUUCUCUUGCUAAAGAGGUAGCCAGAAAGAAAAUUCGAGUGAAUGUUAUUGCCCCAGGAUUUAUCCACACAGAUAUGACGAAAGGUUUGAAAGAAGAGCAAUUAAAGAAAAAUAUUCCUCUUGGGAGGUUUGGAGAGCCUAGUGAAGUGGCACAUGCUGUUGUUUUUCUUCUAGAAUCUCCUUAUAUUACAGGACAUGUUCUGGUUGUAGAUGGUGGAUUACAGCUUGUUUUGUAAAGUGGGCAUAAUAGUGUUUUGAUUUAAGAUUAUAUUUCAUUUUGUUAAACUACUGAAUCAUACCUGCAUGAAUGAUAAUCAAACCUAUAAAAUAACUUGUUAUUCCUUACUUUCAAAGUUCAUUUGAUGGUGAUUAUAUGAUCAGAUAUGACUGAAAGGGAUGGCGUUUGACAAGUUGCCCUUUCCACACUGUGCCAUCAAAUGUAUCAUAUGUAAAGAGUCAUUUCCCAAAGGAUAAAACUUGUACUAAGUUAUGCAUAGGGUUAACUUGGUUAUCUGCUUGUGCAUUUAAAUGAGAGAACAUAUUUUCUUUUUAUUGAUACUUCUUUCUACAUCACAUUUCAAAUAUAUCUCUCCCCCCACACCCACUGAGAUGUUCUUUGCAACAACAAAUUUAAAAAAAAAGAAAGGAGGGAAAAGCAGUGCCGCAAAAAUAACCAGCAUGUAACCAACCAUGUCCAGUAGCCCACGUAACAUUCCAUGCUCAUAGUUGCCUGUCUCUGCAAUGAGAAGGAAAGGUGGCUGUAUUUUCUCAACUCUUUGGAGCCACAUUUGGUCAUUAUGAUAUGGGAUGAUAUGGGAUCCAAUUUUGUGAAAAUAGAUUUUCUAGUAGUUAGUAUCUUUGUUUUCAUACAGUAUUUGACUUUUCUUGCAGUUCACCUUUUUAGCUGUUGCCAGAAUAAAAAAGUAAAAAAUAUAUCAUAUCUAGAUUACCAUUUUUAGAUUCUUGCCAUUUUAGGAAGGAAGGAAGGAAGGAAAGAAAGGAACAUUUUAUUAAGUGCCUUCUAUGUGUCAAGAGCUGUGCUAAUGACUUUACAAAUUUUGUCUCAUUUGAUUUUCACGACAGCAAUCCUGGGAAGUAGAUCUUACUAUAAUUCCCUGUUUGUAGUUUUGGGAACUGAGGCAGACAGAGGUGAAGUGACUUGCCCUGGGUCAUACAACUAGGAAAGUGUAUGAAUCUACAUUUGAACUCAGGUCUUUGUGACUCCAGGCCCAGCACUCUACCUAUUAGAAUAUUGUUAAUGUAUUUUUUUUUUUUUACCAAAUUCUUCUGUAAGGAGGGAGCCUUUUGUGUACAUCUUUAGCUAGUGAGCUGAAUUCUGCUCCCACCCUCAUUCCUGCUUUUGGAAAGUCCCUAGACCUUUCGGCCUCAAAGGGUUGUAACUCCCAGAGGAGGUGACAUAUGUAAAGGACUUUGGAGGCUGUUGAAUAUUUCUAGGUCUACCCACCUCGCACCCCUCCAGAAGCUCUGCUAAAGUCAACCUCAUGGCUCCUGAAUACCCCUGUCCCCAAGGCUCUGCCCCUGUAGGUCUACAGCUUCCUCUUCUGCUCCUCUUCCUUGAAGAGCCCUUCUUAGUCCUCCCACCAAGCCUCACUCAGUGUCUCUUCUGAGGCCCCGCUGUUACACCUGAGAGGUGGUGGCAGCUCUGAGAACACUUGGCAAUAUUGAGAAAACAGAAAAGGCUAGUCUUCGGUGUCUUCCAUCUCCCAUCCUGCACCUCUCUCUCAGCUCUCUCCCUCCGGUGCCCCCAGACAUGGUUCCUGCAUGCUGCUGUCUGUGUUGGGGAAAGCACCAACAUCAGAUAGGAUAUAUGUGUAGUUGAAAAUAUUCAUCAAGCAGGCUACAAUGUUCCUUUUGUGAAUGGCCAGAAAAUACAGAGAUGAAAAGGGAAAGAAGAGAUGGCAUUCAUAUAGAACUUCAAAAUUUACAAAGCACUUCUCAUGUGCUUUUUUUUUUUUUUUGCGGGGCAAUCGGGGUUAAGUGACUUGCCCAGGGUCACACAGCUAGUAAGUGUCAAGUGUCUGAGGCCAGAUUUGAACUCAAGUCCUCCUGAAUCCAGGGCCGGUGCUCUAUCCACUGCGCCAUCCAGCUGCCCCUCUCAUGUGCUUUGUAAAGCACAUGACAUCUGCGAGGAAGAUGCUUUUAUCUCCAUUUUACAAAUGGGAAAACUAAGGCCAAGAGAAAUUAAGCGACUUGACCAGGUUCACACAGCAAGUUACUGUCUGAAGGAGGAUUUGAACCCAGGUCUUCCUGCCUUAAAGUCCGGCAGUCUGUGGUAUCUAGAAACUGUCCAUAACGUUGCACAGUAGAAGGAAUAUUGAACUGAGACUUAGGAGUCUUCAGAUCUAAUUCAGGUUUUACCAUUAAUGAGCUGCAUGACCUUUGGCAAGAAACUAGAUGUAAUUCUAUGGUCCCUUUAUACUCCUACAUGUUGUAAUAAACCUAGAUUUCUAGAGAACUAGUCAUGGUGCUGUUCUUGACUAGGUGCUGGCUGGUUCUCUGAUGCCUCUAAGUGAACAUAUACCUCGCUAGAGACAACCCUGUUUCAGAGUUGAAUAAGUGUCAUGUUAUGGGAUCCUUGUACCUGAAGUCAUGAUAUAGAAAGAGAUACAUACAUAUGUAUAUACAUAUUAAUACAUAUACAUAUAUAUGACUGGAAGACUAUAUGUGAUACAGGGACAUUAUUUAUUUCUUGAAUUCAGAUUUAAAAAGAAAAGAUUCUUGGAAAUCAAAGGAAUGCCCAUCACUUGGGGAAUGGCUAAACAAAUUGUGGUAUAUGAUGGUGAUGGAGUAUUAUUGUGCUAUAUGA